AUGAAUCAUAGGAACGUGUAUGCUAUACCAGAACUAGACCCAACUGACAACGACGUCAACAAUGUGGCUGACCAACGUUUAGAAUCUUCAAUGGAAAAUGAUGCGGAAACACUUCGAGAUACAUGUUUACAAAAGCCAUUUCAAAUACAAGGAGUGUCUUCAAUUGAAAUAUCGAUUCAGUCAAUUACAAUUGACCUCGGUGAUCUUCUGCGAUACGAUGUUGCAGUGGGCUCAAGCAACGACGAUGAUAUAGUUAUAGAGGAGGAGGAGGAGGAUUGGGAGACCGAAAGUGAUGAUAGCGACGAUAACGAAAGUUAUUAUAGUUCAGAUGAUGAAUAA